AUAUCUAUUGUAUAACAUUGAAGUUUCGUCCGUCGGGUCGGUAGCACGCGCCGUGUCAGUUAAUUCGCAAGCAUAUCAAUUCGGUUAUUAUCGCAAAAUAUUAAACAUGGUGCCUGUCACGAUAGCUGAACCGGCGGUACAAUCGUACAUUCUGUACUCAGGUAUCUUAGCUCUUAAAGUACUGGCCAUGGCAGUGCUGACGGGGAGACAACGAUUCAGGAAGAAAGUAUUUGCAAACGAAGAGGACGCUAAGAAGACUAAGGGAAUCGUAAAGUUCGAUGAUCCCGACGUUGAGAGAGUCAGACGAGCUCACUUGAAUGAUUUAGAAAAUAUCCCUGUGUUCUGGGUAUUAGGUGCGUUGUACUUGACUACAGGACCUUCCAGUGCACUGGCUACUCUCCUGUUCAGAGUGUACACCGCGGGCCGUGUCUUACAUACCAUCGUGUACGCCGUCAAACCCCUGCCUCAACCAGCUCGUGGUAUCGCAUAUGGAAUUCCAUAUUUAAUCAAGUGGUACAUGGGAUUCAAAAUUGUAUCUCAUUACUUAACUGCAUUAUAAAAGUAUUCAUAUAGUUUUGCUAAUAUUAAAUAAAUAGUUCUUUGUGUUAUCCCUAAGUUUAAUAUCGUCACACACUUCACUUCCGAAUGAUAAAAUGGUGAUAAUAUACAUAGGUCGGAGUUUAUAAUGAUGUAUUUUGUUGAGCGAAUAAAUAAGUAAUAAAGGUGUAUUUAUAAA